AUGAGCCACAACAUCCAAGAAGGGCAUAGGUGUUUUGAGUCCAAGGGAGAGAGUAGAGGCAAUAAGUUGCGAGGAAGAUCAUCAUCAUCCUCGUCUAAUACUCUGAAAGAGUUGCCGUCGAUUGAGAUUACAGGAGCUUUGCUACUGUCUGAAUAUUUGGAUUUCGAUUUAGAUUUGAAUUUGGUUUUGGAUUUGGCAGAAAUAGUGCAGCUGAUUAAGAGGGAGGAUUUGGAUUUCGAUUUCGAGUUGGAUCUCAAUUUGAUUUUGGAUUUGGAAGAUAGAGUGCACCUGUUUAAGAGGGAUCCCUUGUCUCUGACUACCGAUGAAUGA